AUGUCCUUUGUACGGGGGAAUCUCACAGCCGAGCAGAAGGCUCGAAUAGAGGCGAAUCGCCAAAGAGCUCUUGAUAGAUUACAAAGAAAAGGUUUGGCUAGUUCUGGGACAAGUGCUGGAGUUGGAUCAUCUGGACCAGCCAAUGUAGCUAGCACAACUGUGUCUAGCUCUACCAAUAAUAUAUCGAGUGCACCAGUUGUCAGUGCCGGGUCAUCCAUUGCUGCGACAUCGAGCAUCCCAGUGGCACCACCAUUGAAAAGACCAAGAAUAGAAUUGACUCCAGAACAAAGGAAAAGGAUAGAAGAGAAUAGGAAACGAGCGCUUGAGAUCCAAAGACAAAAGCAACUACAGAAUCGGAAUGCUGAACAAACUGCAGCGUCUACCGUACCGAUGACGUCAUCCAAUACUUCAACGGCCCCUAUCCCUGGAUAUACCAAUGUAAGACUCCCCAAGGAACUGUCCAGUGAAGGAGGAACAAGUUUGGUGAAUGGUAAACCCCCCGCGAAACAAUACCAACCACCAUCGAUCAACAAAAAAGAUUACAUUGAAUAUGAUUUUUCCACCAUGAAGGAUUCAUAUGGUGGGUUCAUUGAUGAAACUGGUGGAGGUAUAGGCGGGGCCGGAGCACCACCAGAGGAAAACCCCACCUUGGAAGCAUGGAAGGAACGCCAGAAACAACAGCUUGUGGUAAGAGAACUCCCACCACCGUUGGAUAUCUCGGCAGCACCCAAAUGUGAAGAAUGUCAAUCAAUGGAGAUAGAUCAGAAUAUUUAUCAGAAUUUUCGUCACGUACGGGUCUGUAGGCCAUGUGCCAGGGCGAAACCUGAACGGUAUGCCCUUCUCACCAAGACUGAGUGCAAGGAAGACUAUCUCUUGACCGAUCCAGAACUUAAAGAUGUCGAGCUUUUACCACGGGUGGAAAAGCCAAACCCUCAUGGAUUUUCAAGGAUGCAACUUUUCCUAAGGCUCCAAGUGGAGGAGUAUGCCUGGAAGAAAUGGGGAGGUGCAGACAAGUUGGACGAGGAAUGGGAGAAAAGAGAAAGAGUUCGCUUACAAAGGAAGGAAAAGAAGUACGAGGAGAAAUUGAAAGAGAUGAGGAAACGUACCCGUGCAGAAGAGUACACCCGGAAGUUACGUAAUGGAGAAUCUUUGGGGCAAAGACAUGUACAUGAUUGGUCUGAACCACUUGUCUGUGGAGAGAAUGUCAAGCGGAGGUGUAUUGAUUGUGGGUUAGAAACUGAAGAAUUGAUUCUAUAGAGCGUCAGAAAUACAAAAUAAUCGGGAGAGUACAAGUGAGUGUAGAGGAAAUAAAUAGGUGUAGGUAGUCAAGGUACCAUAUAGUAGCCACAUCUGCGGAAGGGGGCCAGAGGAGUGUCUUACAGUUGGGAGAGACUACGAGCCCUACGGGGUCUGUAACCCGCUCCGUUGGCACUCCGUGGUCCACUGCCGUGGAGACCUUGUUCCUCUAACGAGGAAGGUCAGAGGGUGGCCAGGACUUCUCGUAGAGGAGCCAGGCCCCACGCAGUGGCUCUCCCCGAGCAGGGGCCAGCGGAGCGUCUCGCACUCCCAUGAGGGAAGCAAUUACUCUUUACGCACUGAGAAGCAAUAAAUCAAAUUUUUUCUAAUUUUUUUUCUAUCUUUAAUCAAUUAACACGAUAAAG